UGCACCCUCAAUUUCUGCCUCGAUUCAGCCAUGGCAGCAGCAGCAGUGGAGAAGUUCCUGGCAGAGAAUUCGGUGGAUGAUCGCGCCGCGUCUGCCCUGCGGAAUGCUGCGCCGGAUGUGCAGAUGCAGGCGAUGGAGCGCGGCUCUCUGUCGGAUUGCAAGAAUCCCUCUGCAGCCUUGAUGGUCCGCAUCAAUGGAUCAGCUGGAAAUGCCAACACGACCGGUUUGUCUACCCGAGAGAUGCAGGGCUCGCCGGAGGAGAUUUGGGCCAAGAUCAUGGCCAAGAACAAGACCGGCGCCCCCAUCGCCAUGGGUGGCUGUGGCGGCGCUGUGGAUGGCUCGGCAGCACAGCUGGCAGCCGUACAGCUGGCAGCGGCAGCUCAGCAGCAGCAGUUGGCCAUCCAACUCUACUAUCAGCAGAUCGCAGCACAGCAGCAGGUGGCACAGCAGCUGGCGGCAUUGGCCGCAGCGGGACAGGCCCCCACAGACCCUGCAGCAGCGGCCGGGUUGCCCGAUCCGGCUGCGGUCGCUGCGGCAGACCCAGCGGCGCUGGCGGCGGCAGUGUCGGCACUGACUGCAGGAGGCUUGGACAGCUUGACAGCGCCUGGCUUUGCAGCUGCCGCACCUCCAGCACCAAUGGAGGCCUUGCCACCCCAGCCGCUCGAGAUGCAGAUGCAAAUGUCGCCAGAGGCUGCCAUGGCGCUCACGGCGCCCGCGCCGGCGCCAGCGCCCUUUGCCGGAGCGCCCACCUUCCCGGACCUCACGGGUUCGACGGGUUCCACGGGCAUGACGAAGUCUGCACCGCCGCGGCCGCCCUCGGAGGCCUACGGGUACCCGCCAGAUGGCCCGCCGCCACCCCCAGCGCCACCAGGGCCCCCCGGCGCGCCCCCGCCGCCAAUGGGCUUCGCCCCUGGCCCCGGGAUGCAGGGGAUGCAGGGGAUGCAGGGCCCCCCGGGCAUGCCCAGUCCUCCCCCACCCCCCUUUCCGCCGCAGUGGGAUGGCAAAGGUGACAAGGGCUGGGACAAGGGCUUUGGAAAGGGCUGGGACGGUGGCAAAGGCUGGGAUGGCAAGGGCAUGGAGAAGGGCUGGAGCGACGGCAAGGGCUGGAGCGAUGGCAAGGGGUGGGACAAAGGCAAAGGCUUUGACAAGGGCUUCGACAAGGGUUUUGGAACUCAUCAGGCGAUCUGCAGACGGAUGUGCUUUUAGUCUUUGGUACCGGUUUGCUUGGUCCUGUCCUUUGCUGCGACCCCGGCUGGCUGCACUUCAAUCCGGGCAAAGUGCCUGGGCAUCUGAUGAAAUGCUCUUCAAAG